AUGUGGCGUGUGUGUUGUUCUUGUUCGUCUUUGAAAGCGUGUGUGUUGCUUCUUAGUGGUUAAAGAAAAUACAUAAAAAGGUUAUUUGGAAAUAUUAAAUUAAUAUUAAAUAAACCCAGAGCCAUCGAACGCGCGGCAGCGGCGGCGGCAAAAGCAAUACCGAAAAAGAAGCACAAAAAAGAAAAAUUCGCAAGGUGUUGUUUGUGUGUGUGACGACGAUUACUGCGAGUCUCUGCUCUCCCCUGUGCGUGCGCGCUGUCGUAGGGACAGAAAAUUGCAACAGUAUUGGUGUAUCCUUUGGUAUUUCUGCGAGCUUGGUUGGAAAAGUGCGAUAGCAAGAGAAAAUUGCUGUUUUCUUUUUAUCUAAUAAACAAGUGCAGCCGCUGUAGCAACGAAAACUAAGCACACAAAUAAAAUGGAGAAAAGAAUAGAAUUGGAACGACGCGCACGCAAAGCGAAUCAGAUUACAGAACUAAAUCUGGACAAUUGCCGAAGUACAAGCAUCGUUGGCCUUACAGAUGAGUACACCGCCUUGGAAUCAUUAAGCUUGAUCAACGUGGGUCUUACCACAUUAAAAGGUUUUCCCAAGUUGCCCAAUCUAAAGAAAUUGGAAUUAUCCGAUAAUAGAAUUUCAAAUGGCCUCAACUAUUUGACCACCAGCCCCAAAUUACAGUAUUUGAAUUUGUCUGGUAAUAAAAUUAAGGAUUUGGAAACAUUGAAACCACUGGAGGAAUUCAAAAAUCUGGGAAUACUGGAUCUAUUCAAUAACGACGCCACCCAAGUUGAGAACUAUCGUGAGAAAAUCUUUAAGAUGUUGCCAUCGUUAAGGUUUUUAGAUGGGUUUGAUUGCAACGAUGAAGAGGCGCCAUCAGAUGGUGAAGAUGACGACGACGUCAAUGGCAAUGAUUCAGAAGAAGAUGAUGGUCAAAAUGCCUUCUGUUUAAAUGGUUUAGAAAUCGAUUUAGCCGAACUAGAAGAAUUCGAAAAGCGUGUUCAGGCUAAGAAACGCUUGUCCAAUACAACAACAACUGCAAAAAAGCCACCUGAUGACAAUGAAGUUGACGAACUAGACGAAUACUUAAAAGAGUUGCAAUUGCGAGAGUCUGCGACUGAAAGCCAAAGACCCGAUUCGAAGAAUGUAUCAAAUACAAAUUCCAGAACAACAACCACAGCAACAGAACCGCAACUAUGUAGCAACCACCCGACCACAAAUUUUGCAAUUUUACUCUAUUGGGUUUUAGCAAUAUUAAAUCUGGCCAGUGUCGCCUAUAGCUCUGGCGAUGACGACGAGGAGGACGGGGACAGCGAUGAAAGUGAUGACGAAGACAAUGGCGAUGUCUCGCUCUCAGAGGUCUAUAACGAUGAUCUCGAAGAGGAUAAUUCCGAUUGGGAUGAAGGCGAUGCCGUCGAAGAUGAUGAUGAGGACUCUGAUAUUGAUGAGGCCGAUGGUGAGGCAAAUGAGUCGACUGCUGCGGUGAAUGCCAAUGAUAAAGAUGGUGAAAAGCCAGAAGAGUCGCAAGCCAGGGGCAAGAAGAGAAAGCAUGAUGGUUAAAGUCGCAACUUAAUCGUCUUUAAUUCAAACCACUCUCAUACACACUCAUCCACACCCAUACACACAACAGCUACAGCAAAAACAAAACAAAUAAUUAACAACAACAAGAACACACAUCAUAUUUUGAUAGAGCUAACAAAAACAACAACAACAACAAGAAAACUACAUUUGUUUCUUUAAAAAUGUAAGCUACAUAUUCUAGACAAGAACACCAACCCGAGAAAAACCACAAACUAAUAAUCAAAAAACCUAAAGCUAUUUGUAAGAAGAAAAAUACAUCUCUAGAAACUGAAGUGGACGGACUGUGGCAGUUGUUGUUCAAAUACCAAGUUCCAUUACAAAACUCUUAACAGCCCCAUCAUUGAAUUGGAAACUGUAUAACACUGUAUAAUUGAUAAAUAUUUUCAUGUUCAAAUCCAUUAAAACAAAUAUAAUUGUACAAAUUUGUAACACUCCUCAUUUUUGUUAAUUUUAAAGAAAUCAUUGUGUUAAACUAUUUUCAACUUUCAAUUCCUCCUUAUGCUAACUUAACAUCCGUUUCCAGCCCACCUUCAAUUACUUGCUUUUAAAUUAGUGAUUUUUUUAAAUUAAAAAAGAAAACCCUGCAUUUCCCCCCUAGUAUCGCAUAUGGCGAAUGCCACAAGACAGGAAGGUUAAGCGAAUACACUACAUAAAACUUACUGCUAAGAUGAUUUUUAACUAACUCUUAAGUCAUUCCUUGUGUAUACAUAAGAUAAUGAGCGCAAUUAGGGUUUCACCACCUUUUGUGAAUGUAUUUCAAACUUUACACAUUAUUUUAUUGUUAACCUUUUACACACUAUUGAGCAAAAUUGUUUUUCUAUUACUUUUAAGCACAAGACCGACCGACUUGUUUUACCUUCUUUAAAAGCAGUAAUGUAUUUAAAUUAUGGCAAGUAAGCAACACACACACAUACUACAAUUUUAAACAAGAACCCUGAUUUAGUAAACCAAUGUGCGUAAAUACAUUAAAAUAUAAAAGAAAGUAUCCAUGCAAAUGGUAAUCAAUAAAUUUGAACACGAUAUAUCUCUUAAA